AUGCUUGAACAUAGCGGGCGGAUGCUCCAGAAGAACAUCAAACAGAUUUUGGACGCUGCUCCCACGCUAGCUGAAUUGGACUCGUUGUCGAGAAAUCCCAAUGUGGAUGACUUCACUAAAGGUGAGAUCAAGACAAACAACCUAGUCCGCAUGGCUGCAGCACUUAAAACGAAAUAUGCAGCAAAUGGCCUUCCGAUAUUUGAUCAGAUACUUCAGGAGAAAGUAAAGAUCCUGAAACAGGAGGCCGCUAAGGCCCCCAAGGACGAGUCACCACAAGUCAAACCUGCUUCUGAAGAAAAAGAACAGGAGUUUGACAACGUCAUCCCUUUACCCAAAAUCGAGAGCCUGGCUCUCCGAGCAAGGGUUUUCCAGCAUAAGUCCAUGUCAGCCAACAAAACUUAUUUGGAUGACAAGGAGAUCAUCAGUCAGCAUAACGAGAGACUCGAGUUUUUGGGAGACUCUGUCCUCAACACCAUGGUUACCAGGAUCUUGUACGAUAGAUUUCCCUACGCCAAAGAAGGCCAGCUUUCGCAAAUGAGAUCCACACUUGUUUGCAACAAAACGUUAGCUGAAUUCUCCCAAUCAUACAACUUCCAUCUUCUGUUGCGUUGUAACAUCGACGAAGAACAGCUACGCAUCGGAAGACAGAAAGUGUAUGCUGAUAUCUUUGAAGCUUACGUGGGCGCCUUGUCAAUGGAGCGUGGCUACGAUCUUCUGGAGGUUCAAAUGUGGCUCACCUCACUCAUGGAUAAGAUGCUUCGGAAAAUGGGCAAGGAGCUCGAAGGCCAAGCACCUGUGGACCGUAAUGCUAAGGCUGAGCUUUACGCCUUGGUGGGGUCCGCCGCUCUGCAUCCACAGUAUCUUGUGGUCGACAAUGGUAACGGAGUUGAUUCUCACUUUAAGGUUCACUGCGUCAUGGAAGGUGAAGUUUUAGGCGAAGGUGAAGCACCCAACCAUCGUGAUGCUGGACUUCGGGCCGCAAAAGCAGCGCUCCAGAAUAAUAAGUUAAUCGAGAAAUUUAGUCGAAAGAGGGCGGAGACCGAUCGCUCAGCAUCCAUGGUCAGCUCGGCUCAGUCAAGUGAACUGGACGAAUUUCCGCUCGUUGCAUCUGAAAGCAUUCAACCUAACAAGUUUUCAAAAAAUGAACUCUAUGCAUUUUUUGGCAAACAGGUUGGUCUCACGCCAACAUAUGACAUAACUCACACAGACAAUGGGUACAAAGCAGAGUUGAAAGUUAAGGGCAGUGUACUUAGUGUGGCAUACGAUGCCUCUAAAAAGAACGCUCAGAGUCGUGCUGCUACUGUGGUUUUGCAGAACAAGGAGAAGCUUGAUGAGUUUCUCAGAUGGUUGGAAUAA